AUGGCAUCAAGAUCAGCAGCAGCUUCUUCUACUCGUGCAGGAGUUGUACUCAUCGAGAUGCCAUGCCUCGUGGUCUUCGUCAUCGCGUUGCUGCUGCUCUCGCCAUGCUGCGUCGACGCCACGUCGCGGUCGCUACUGGUUACCGGCGUGCAAGCCGCGGCGCCGGGGCCGGCGGUGGCGGCGUCGUUUGGUGCCGAACCUCCAUUGAUCGAACCGGCGGUGGUCGACCCGCCAGCUGCGGCGCCGACGGUGCGCGCCGUCGUCACCGCGGCGCCACCGCCGGGGGAGGAGAGCGGCCAUGCCAAGAAGAGCAAGCACGGUGACCAUGAGAAGGCGCCACCGCCAAAGAAGCACCACGAGAUCAAGGCGCCGCCGAAGUCCAAGCACCACGGGCACCACGCUCCACCGGAGCCCGAGCUUUCGCCGCCGGCACCGGCGCCGGAGGCGUACACUACCCCUGACGCACCAGCGCCGGAGGGCCCCCACCACAGCGGCAGCGGCGGGCACCCGUGGCCGCAUCCGGGCAACCAAUGGCCUCCACUGCCGCCGUUCCACCCGCCGCCGACCCCGGCAUGGCCGCACCCGGGAAACAAGUGGCCGCCGCUGCCGCCGUUCCAGCCGUCUCCGACGCCAGCGUGGCCUCACCCCGGCGGCAACAAGUGGCCACCGCUGCCGCCGUUCCCGUUCCACUUCCACCCGCCACCGACGCCGCAAUGGCCGCAGCCAGGCAACAAAUGGCCGCCGCUCCCGCCGUUCCCCGCCCACCCUCCGCCGACGCCGGCAUGGCCGCACCCAGGCAACAAGUGGCCGCCUCUGCCGCCAUUCCCGUCCCACCCUCCGCCGACGCCGGCAUGGCCGCACCCGGGCGGCAACCAGUGGCCACCACUGCCGCCGUUCCACGGCAGCGACGACGUGCCGGCGGCGAAGAUCACCAAGGAAGAAGAAGUGCACGAGUGAUAGCAUGAGUUUAACUGAAGGAAAUUAAGCACUCAAAUACUAAGCUCCGUUAGAUUUAAUCAUUUAGAUAACACAAAAGCAGUACGAAUAAAUUUUGAAUUUGGAUGGCAUUUGUCCAAGAUGAUUGAUAUUUGAUCUUCCCCAAUGAGGGCAUGCAUGGUGAUAUGAAUAAA